AUGCUCAAGUUUCAUGGAUUGCUACUUGCACGACUUGAGGGCAGAAGUUCUCUGAAGAAUCUUGAACCUUACCUGUUUGCUGAGGAAGGAUCUCCUGUUCAUGGAGAUGUCAUUGAAUUCCACGGUCCAGAAGGAACAGGAAAAACAGAAAUGCUUUAUCACCUAAUAGCCCGCUGCAUCAUUCCAAAAUCAGGAGGAGGACUGGAAGUAGAAGUCAUGUUCAUUGAUACAGACUACCAUUUUGACAUGCUUCGUCUAGUUACCAUUCUUGAGCACAGAUUGGCGCAAAGGACGGAAGAGGUGAUAAAGCAGUGCCUGGGAAGGCUUUUUCUUGUGAACUGCAAUAGCAGCGCCCAGUUACUCCUCACUCUCUACUCCUUAGAAAACAUGUUUUGCACUCACCCCUCUCUCUGCCUUCUGAUUUUAGAUAGCAUAUCAGCUUUUUAUUGGAUAGACAGAAGCAAUGGAGGGGAGAGUCUUAACUUGCAGGAGAUGAAUCUGAAGAAAUGUGCCAACUUUCUUGAAAAGCUUGUGAGAGAGCAUCACUUAGCCCUUUUUGCGACAACACAGACACUUAUGCAGAAAUCGACAAACUCUGCAGAAAGCUUUUUUCCUUUAAAACUUCAACAUGAAACUGAUACGGACUACAGACCUUAUCUUUGUAAAUCAUGGCAACAAAUGGUAACCCACAGGAUAUUUUUCUCUAAGCAAUGUAAUUCUGGCAACAGCAAAGGUUUUACGGUCAUUUCUUGCCACCUCAAAAGAAACCAUGUAGUUAAACGUUCAUUUAGUGUUGCAGAAUGUGGAGUUCAGUUUUAACUUCAGUUUGUUUUUUAAACGUGUAGCAAAUCCUGGUGCUUAAGGCCUGAUUAGGUCUAAGGAGUGCUUGGUACCUUUUAAACUAGUUGGUUGUUGCUGGAUGAUUAAGAAUUUUUGUCACCGUUCUCUUAAAAUUUAGUGAAGGGCAGGAAAUGGUGUAAUUUUUGUAUUACUAUAGAUGUUCAGUCCAAACUAGCGAGGAACAUUGAAAUUCCUUGUUUGUGCUUAAUGCAUAAAGAGAUUAAAUCAAGAAAAUGAUAACCAAAGUCAUUUUAAACUCCUAGUAUCUCGCAGUAAUCUAACCUAUGCGAUAUGUGGCCAAAUGCACCGACUUCAUUUCUGGGUCUUACUGCUUUCCACUCCUUCUCUUCCAAGCUGCAGAAACAGGGGUCUAGUUGUCCGUGGGGGAGACUGCAAAAAGGUGAGUGUUCGCUCUCUAUAAAUAC